ACAUGUCAAAACAAGAAGAAUAGAUAAAUGUUGUACAAUUUUUAUGAUCGCGUCAAAGUACAUUGAUUAUUCUCAAGUCUUUCGAUGAUCAACUACUGAGGUGUUCUACUGAAAUUUUUUAAGGAGGAAACUUUGUGAUUUAUAUUGUGAUUUAUAUAAAAGAAAAAAAAUGAAAGUGGCCGUAAUUGGAGGCGGAAUAAUUGGUUUGACAACAGCCUUACAAUUAACUCGUGAAUUACGUAACUCUGAAAUCACAGUUUUCGCUUCUGAUUUUAAUAAUACUGUCAGUCAUGUGGCUGCUGGAAUAUUUAGAGUUGGUUCAUCAUAUUCUGGACCAACUGAAGAAAUAACAAGAAACUGGCUGCGAGACUCGUACGCAUAUUAUGAUGAUAUCCGAAAAUCUCAUGAAGCUUCUUUCGCCGGUGUAACCGCUAUUUCCGGUUACUUAUUCGCAAAUUCCUCUCCGGAAACCGUAAAGAAUCAGUGGAUGGAAAAUUUAGUACCAAUAUAUAGGAGAGUCACGGAUGAAGAAUUUCAGUUAGUCGAGGGUAACUGGAAAUAUGGGUCAUUUUUUAGUACUCUUCUCACCGAAUGCAAAUUACAUCUCCCAUGGGCACGCAAGAAAUUAGAAGAAAAUGGAAUCAGUUUAGCAGUAAAAGAAUUUAAUUCUCUGAGGGAACUUGUUCCCGAUUGGAAUUUAAUUAUGAAUUGUACAGGUCUGGGCGCACGAUCUUUAUGCAACGAUAGACGUCUCGUUUCUAUGCGUGGUCAAGUACUUAAAGUAAAGGCACCAUGGAUAAAAACGUUCUUCUAUGGCGAGUUGGACACUUACGUUAUACCUGGUUUUAAUGGCACAGUUACUCUAGGUGGUUCACGAAAUUUUGAUUCCGAAAAUGUGAAACUUUGUCCGCAUGAAUCUGCAGCGAUACGCGAGAGAUGCGAAAACCUCCUUCCAGGCCUUAAGAAAGCAGAAGUUAUAAAAGAAGAAGUUGGCUUGAGACCAUAUAGAGCAAAUAACGUCAGAGUGGAAGUUGAACACAUCGUAAAUGGGUUUUCUAAAGCUAUUGUAGUGCAUAAUUACGGUCAUGGAGGUUACGGAGUAUGUACUGCACCUGGAACUGCUAAGUAUGCCAUUAAGUUGGCAAAAGAAAUGCAUAAAUCUUCUAUUGCAAAAUUAUGAUCGACGAAUAUUACUUACCUUAACACGCUGACGCCGGCGCCGAUAUUUAUGGUUUUCUCCGUGGGGCGGCGCUCGAAUUCACUGUCUGCUUCGUGGGGCGGCGCUGGGUCACUACCUAUUUUGUGAAAUACAUGUGUCAUCGCCGCCCCUCGGGACAGA